ACAAAGACCGGAAGGCUGGAUCAUCUCCGUGGAAUGUCUUCGGGCGCCAAGCGGCUGGUGCAGUCGCUUAGGGGCCGAAGCGGGGGUGGCAGGGGCACCGGUGGCGAUCGUGCCGACGCCGGUGCUGGGGACGACAGCUGCGUCGGCGUCAGCGGGGCCAGCACAAGCGCGACCAGGCUAUGGCACUACGACAGCGGACACGAACUCGAUGAGAUCUCAGUGAUCGGGGCUGCCAGGGGUAACGAGGGGCUGACGACGCCCACCACACCGUGUCAUUGCAGAAGCAUCAAGUACGGCAGCGGACAGACGCUUUGUAGCAUCGCCGGAUUGCCACCCGCCCCCGCUUUACCCGCGCACAGAGCACAAUCCGGCGUCAUCAGUGGCGGUGUGAGACAUCGUCUGAGCGGUGGCUCUGCGUCCGCCUUGAGCUGCGGGGGCGAAAAGUACCGGGACAUUAAAGGUGGAAGGACCGGUGACGGUCGAGCCGGAGGCGGUGGCAGGGAAAAAGAGGAUGACACCAAGAGCGCGGAGAACGUGUCCAGGGGAGUUUUACCCUCAAGGCAGAGCCUCUUGGAUCUCGUCAGCGGUAAAUUCAUGGGCCGACACACACCCACCCACCACUACUAUCACCAGCAACAGCAGCAGGUAUAUUCUGUGUCGCAGCGAUACUUCAGUUCGUCACGUGACUCGCUUCAAGGAGGAUACGUGAACCGGGGUGCAAGCGAGCUCGAUCUAAGUCGCAAGCCGAGAAGAAGGGACCACCUGAGGGGCAGAUUCAAGCUGCCGUAUACAGUUGCGCUCACGCCUUCGCGUGACCAAUCGCACCUGCACACACCGGCGUCGGUCAAUCAUCUCAGCAAUGCCAGUUGCAACGGCACCGAAACAAGGUACACGGCGCAGCAACAGCAACAGCAACGCGGAAGUAGAGGUUUCCCUGGGCAACCUGGAUCGAGAGGUUUUCGCACGGGCGCACCAAAUUGGUCCUUUAUCUUCGAUCCUGCGGGACGCCUCUGUUACUAUUGGUCAAUGGUGGUUUCCCUUGCCUUUCUUUACAACUUCUGGGUGAUCAUCUAUAGAUUUGCCUUCCAGGAGAUCAAUGGAGAGACUCGUUGGGUGUGGUUCUGCCUGGACUACUUCUCGGAUUUUUUAUACGUGCUCGACAUAAUAUUUCACAUUCGAACGGGAUACUUGGAAGAUGGGGUGCUGCAAACCGACGCCACAAAAUUGAGAAACCAUUACACGAACAGCACCACGUUUUACAUAGACAUCCUGUGCCUGCUGCCCCUCGACUUUUUAUACUUAUCUAUAGGAUUUAACAGUAUGCUGCGAAGUUUUAGACUCGUAAAAAUUUAUCGGUUCUGGGCGUUCAUGGACAGGACCGAGCGACACACAAAUUAUCCGAAUUUGUUUCGCUCCACCUCCUUGAUACAUUAUUUACUGGUGAUCUUUCACUGGAAUGGGUGCCUCUAUCACAUUAUUUAUAAGAACAACGGCUUCGGUAGUAAGAACUGGGUGUUUAGCGAUUCUGAGACGGCAGACGUUGUAAAACAAUAUCUGCAGAGCUACUACUGGUGUACUCUUGCCCUAACGACCAUCGGUGACCUGCCCAGACCGAGAAGUAAAGGCGAAUAUCUUUUUGUGAUUGGUCAGCUGUUUUUUGGCCUGCUAUUAUUCGCAACGGUGCUGGGUCACGUCGCAAACAUCGUCACUUCCGUCAGCGCGGCACGGAAAGAGUUUCAGGCGAAGCUGGACGGCGUGAAGACAUACAUGAGGAUGAGGAGGGUUCCGAAUCAUUUACAGGUGAAAGUUAUCAAAUGGUUCGAUUAUCUGUGGCUGACGCAGAAGUGCUCCGACGAGGAGAAAGCAGUGAGUUGUCUUCCAGAUAAAUUGAAGGCAGAAAUCGCGAUCAACGUACACUUGGAUACACUGAGGAGGGUGGAAAUCUUCCAGAACACGGAGGCUGGUUUCCUGUGCGAGCUGGUGCUGCGACUACGGCCCGUUCUCUUCUCACCCGGCGACUACAUCUGCCGCAAAGGUGAGGUGGGAAAGGAGAUGUACAUAGUGAAUAGGGGCCGACUGCAGGUGGUGGCCGACAACGGGAAGACGGUGCUCGCCACCCUUAAGGCGGGUUCCUACUUCGGGGAGAUCAGCAUUCUCAAUAUGGGGACCGCAGGUAAAGAGUGCGGUAACCGGCGAACAGCCAGCGUGCGCUCGGUCGGCUACUCAGACCUCUUCGUCCUCAGCAAGAAGGAUAUGUGGGACGUGCUCAAGGAGUAUCCGGCUGCCAGGGUACGCCUAGAAGCCAUCGCUGUCAAAAGGUUGGAGAAGUAUAAGAGAGCCCCUCUGGAGAAAGCUGCCAUAGGCAGAUGCCAGAGCACGCCCGGUUUGGUGGAAUCGCGGGGCCGCGUUUCGCUGGAGGACAUGUGGGUAUCGCCCCUUGACUACAAAACCCACGCGUAUUCGACAGCCGCCUCGUUGUUUUCGCCGAGUCCGAGUCCGACAUCGAGACGCGCCGUGCCGGAUCUGGGGACCAUGGGCGACGCGAACGUUUCCCGAGGCGCCGAAAGCCCGAUGAGCGCGGCCAGCAGCGGUCCCAGCAGCGAGGAUCAGACGGCCAGGGCGCCGCAAUCAGCCGCCACGCAACCCUCCACCCACUCCGGCAUGACUUGCAACAGUAUGACUCAGCUGGUGAGCGAGGGCACGGUACCUAUGUUCGGCACGCAUGAGUCUCUGCUGGCGGAGAUUCAGCGUCUUCGCGAGCGUUUGAAAUGUUUGGAGACAGAAAAGGCAGCGAUGAGCGCGAAGUUGAAUCAGCAACAGUGGGAGGUUGAGCACCGAUUGGCCGAAAUCGAGAUGCAAAUUUGCGGGACGAGCUCGACCUCGAGCGUCGAGGACAACAAUGAGAGAAACCGAGAGAGCAUUAUUUAACGAGAAACAAUGCCGCGAGAGCGCGGCAAGACCAAAGUCGAGCGGAUACGUCACUAUCUUACUGAAGCGACCGAUAUUAGGUACGAUGUCGACGAUCAAGAGGAGCCGGACGACGCGAGAAUCCUUAGCGACACAAAGUCGAUCGGUAGCCUGAGUCAGCAUUUAUUUGAGAGCGAUGAGGACGAGCAUUACUACGGUACUUGCAACGGCUACGUCUCG